AGGAUUGAUGCGGUCGACCCGACUUAGUGGGAUAAAGGAUUUAGUAUAUCAUAUUAAAAUCAUCAAACACUUUCUCCGGAUUUACUGGAAUUUACUGAUUAAUAUACCAAACAGUUUUCAGUCUCUAACCCCUUCAAGAUUUCAUAAAUCUGGUUUCACAAGAUUUAAUGGAUAUUCUCAAUCCUAUUCAAACUAAGUCCUACUUGCAACCAAACAACCCAUAGAGAAAGAGUUUAAUUAGAAGUUGUUUAGUACAAGAUUUAUGUAUGAUUUAAGCUAAAUCCUGCUAAACGAUAAAAAAUGCCUAUGUCAAUCCAAUAGGUUCUUAAAUCAUGUUUUUUCGUCAUUUUGCCUUAAAUCCGAGAUUUACCAAAAGAAGUAAGAAACAAGAUUUACGGGAUUUAGACAGGUUGAAGCUUUCAUUAAAACCAACUAAUAAGUUAAUUUAGUAAAUCAGAAUUUACUAAACAAACAACGACAAUCGCUUAAAAAUUAAUUUUGGAUCGAAUUUCUUUUAGAACUUGGAUCGUUUAACAUCAUAUUGAUGUUAGGUAUGUCGAAGAUCGUUAAAUCCAUUAAGCCAUCUCUUUUUAAUAUUGUGUGCAACUGUAGCUACUCCAACCCUUUUAUAGACAUAUUUGUUUUGUAUUUUGUUUCUAGUUGUAAAGCCAAUCAUGAAACUAAGCAUAUUUGUCUCGCAACCCCUUACACUAUUGAUUACACACAUGAAAAUAAUAUCUUAAAAGAAGAUAUUUUAUAUGAUAUAAAGAGUAUUUGAUGUUUCCUCUUUUGUGAAGUACGCAAAGUGACGAGGCUGUGAAGAAAGGGGAGGUAUACCCCUUGUAGGGGGAUGGGUCGCUCCGCAAAUAUCUGUAAGCUGACGAGGCCAUGGACGUGGUGGUACAAAGGGCAACACAUCGAAACCGGCUCCAAUCCCACCUACCACACCAAUUCCUCUACCAAUCACGACUCCAACACCACUACCACCACUACCCACGAGACCACCACUGCCACCAGCCACGACACCACUAACGCCAACACUUGUGGCCACGAAACCACCAUAGGUACCAACUACGACCACGACACUACCAACAUCAUCAACAUCAGUUAAUAUUAAUGCAUCAUCGAGAUCAAGCACCACGAGCAACCGUCAUCAGCUCAAGACAGUGGGGAACACGUAAGUUUUAAUGUAAUGUCCACAUUAAUGCGCUGUAUAUUUUUAUUAAUUUAAUAGGAAACUAAUUACAUGUUGGUUUCAGAUUUAGUUCCCUUACACAGACCCUUCAUUCCAUCAGAGAUAUAAUUUGAAGCCAGUAUGACCACUCGCACUUUUUCUGGAAGGAGAUCCCGAUCAGAGUUCAGGCUACGUAGUUUGGUGAGUUUAAGGUAAACCCCGAACACUCCCCGAGGAGGAGGCACAAAUCUGCUGGAACUUUGAGCAAAGAUGAGCGAUCGUCUGCGAGACUAGUUCGGUGAUAUACGCCGCACACGUGAGCACCCUUUGUGGCUGGGUGUUGAUGUGUUUGCUGCACUUAUCAAGACCUAGAUCUCUCCUGAGUAUCAGAGAAAGAGCGAGCAGGCAAAGCUGAAUCGCUGCUCUGAUUACGGAGGAGGCAUGGGAGCCUCAAAACUCACAGGUGGAGCCCUCCCACAUACGGAGCACAGGAGGAGGCUGGUAAGACUUUUUUUUCUAUUAAAUCUUAUUUUACAUUAAAUGUAUGCUAACAAUUCCAUUACAUUGACAGAUACUGGAGAAAGAACAGGAGCCAAUUGCUGUAGAGUUAUAAGAGCGAGUCCACAAGCGACAGUUGGAUCGGUUAUGGGUGGACAACAGAUCGCAGGGGGACCAAGUAUUUCACAAGAUAAAUAAGUAUAAAUUAAAAUAAAUAUCAGGAGGCCUUUAUGAGGCUCAAGAAGAGUGGAUCUCAGAAGUUGGCCUGUGGUUCGAGCACAUCUCACAAUCCUUUUAAGUACGACCUCUGGAAGGAGCAUGUCAGUGUGAAGAAGAAGGGCAAGGUCCACUGAUUGGGGUCCUAAGCGCCAGCCUAUGAUGUCUGCUCGUCCUCUAGCACAUCCAGUGCAUCCACUUUCACUUUAGAGAGGAGGAGAUGUGUCGUCAGGUUGCUGCAGAGAUUGUUACCCAGGUAACCGAUCUGAGAUCGGAGAUGAUGACAAAGAUCAAAGCGGUGUUGUGUUCGAAACUGCGGAAGGGAAGAAGCCGAAGCAGUAUGAGGGUGGGGAUGAUGAUGAAAUCUAACGCUUCCAAAGACUCUAUUGGAGGAUUUGCAGUACAGUGUGAGAAAUGCUUCAAGUGGACGCUCAUCCCUACCAAAGAAGAAUACGAGACCAUCAGGGAGACCUUCAUAGAAGAUCCAUGGCGUUGCGAGAAACGAUCAAACUCUACCUGCGAUGAUCCUGCUGAUAUAGAAUACAAUACGAGUCGGCUGUGGGUCAUCGAUAAGCCGAACCUUCCGAAGCCUCCACCCGGCAUAACGAGAAUGCUUAUGAUGAGGAAGGAUUUGUCAAAGUUGGAUGCAAAUUACUUAAUGCCCAAUGGGAAGAGGGUGAGGAGCAGUGUGGAGGUUGAGAAAUUUCUUCAUGCAAAUCCGGAAUACAGAGGAAGAUUUUCUGGAGCUAAUUUUUCCUUCACAAUUCCAAAGAUAAUGGAAGACAUGGUUCCUAGAAACAAUUCAUCGAGGAGUAAGAAGUUAAAGUCUUCAGAGGAUAGUUAGUGAAGGCAUGAAUGAAAAGGGCGUGGAUUAGAUAGAUGAUGUAUCGUAUGUCCAGAGCCAUUUUUUUUCAAUAUUGUUCAUGUGAAUUCUUGUUUUAUGCAGACCAUUCAUUCUUAUUACUUGCCAGUAUUAUUAGUUUUAAA